UUGUUGGCAACUGAGAUAUUGACAGAAUUUGGUUAUUACAUCAAUAAAAUAAACAAUCCCCAUUGUAUGUCACAAAAUAAAAAAAUUUCAAUAAAAAUGGCUCAAAUUUGCGAAUCUCUAACGCUCGCUAAAGACAUAAAAAGAUCCAUCGAUCUUCUCGAAAAGUUGCAAAAAAAUGGAGAGGUCCCCGCCACAAAGCUAGCAGCCCUACAAAAAGUGCUACAAAGCGACUUUCUUAACGCUGUCAGGGAAGUUUACGAGCAUGUUUACGAAACUGUAGAUGUACAAGGAUCUCAAGAUGUACGAGCCUCUGCCACUGCCAAAGCAACAGUUGCUGCUUUUGCAGCCAGUGAAGGCCACGCUCAUCCAAGAGUUGUUGAAUUACCCAAAACUGAUGAAGGAUUAGGUUUCAAUGUAAUGGGAGGCAAGGAACAAAAUUCUCCCAUAUAUAUAUCUCGUAUUAUACCUGGAGGAGUGGCUGAUAGACAUGGAGGACUAAAAAGAGGAGAUCAGUUGUUAAGUGUUAAUGGAGUGUCUGUAGAGGGCGAAAAUCAUGAAAAAGCUGUUGAACUUUUAAAACAAGCACAUGGAUCUGUUAAACUUGUUGUUCGUUACACUCCCAAGGUACUGGAAGAGAUGGAAUUAAGGUUUGACAAGCAAAGGGCUAGAAGGAGACAGCAGUAUAAUUAAAUGCAAUUAAUUCAUAUGAGGUAUAUCUGCAUUAUUUAAAUCUUUCUUUUAUGGGUUUAAUAUUUUGACUGCAAUAUUUUUAAGUAUUUUUUUACAGAGUAUUAUGGAAUUUUUUUAUUAUUUUAUUUAUUGUAAAAACUAGUGGUGUGCUAUAUAAUAUAGGCAAAAUUUAAACCUUUCAAAAAUAUGGAAAUUGCCAGAUUUAGGCCUGUAUUUCCAUGGAUCUUCAUUUUUGAUAAUCCAGAACAUCACUAGCUAAAUAUUAAAAACUGGUUAUUUUAUUUGAUUUGUGCUGUGCGCCCCACAGUAGAUUGGCGGUCUUACAAAUGUAAUGUAAUGUAAUCUUCUAUUACUAUGUAAAAGUCAACUCUUUAUUGGUAUUACA